GCUGCUGUGUGGUGAGUUCCGGAAACCUCAGGGCCCGCAGACUUCCCUUUGUGGGGCGCCCGCCCAGAGUUCAUCCUCUGCGGGCAGCCACGCCCCACCGGGGGAAGUUGAGAGUGGAAAGCCUUUCCUUGAGGCUGGCACACCUGGCUGAGCCUCACCUGUCCCUUCCAGUCCCCUGACUGGCCAGCUCCAUCUGAAACCCGAGUGACCGAGUGACCGGAGGAGGAGGGACAAGGUAGCUGCUGGCUUCUGGGGUCAGAGGGAGGGAGAAGCAUGCGGGUUGCAUCUGGGGUGAGUUUGAAGUCUGGAGAGAAAAGAGGGAAAGAGAAGGAGCUGGUGGUGGAAUGGCCCGGCUGGCUGGCUGAGAACCAAGAAUAACACACACAGUUCUUGCAAACAACAUAUCACUGUGGCUGUGCUCUGUGCACCCUCUGUGGGCCUAGCAGAGGAGGCUGGCCCUGUGGCGAUGGGAGAGAAGGGUCGCCCAAGCCGAGUACUGUUGGAGUGCAGUCUCAGUGAUAAGCUGUGUGUUGUCCAAGAGCAACAGUAUGAAGUCAUCAUUGUUCCAGCUCUUCUGGUUGGCGGCUUCCUUAUCCUUCUUGCAAUCAUCCUGUGGCUUUUUAUUAGAGGACAGAGAUCCCAAAGGCAGCGCCCUGGACCCCGGGGUACUACUUCUGUACCUGCAUCUAGAGACAUAAGCCUGGAGCCAGCAGGACAAGGAGAAAAGGUGCUUGUACCACUUAAGGAGACCUCCGUGGAGAGCUUUCUACGAGCAGCCUUGCCUCGCCUGGCUAAGCUGCAGGUGCCUAGGGAACAACUCUCAGAUGUUCUGGAGAAGAUCCACAGUGGCAGUUUUGGGACCCUCUAUCAUGCCACGAUGACCACCAGGGACAACCCUAAGCCAAAGAGUGUUGUCCUCAAGACUUUAGAAGAACCUGCUGGACUCCAGGAGGUCCAGGAUUUCAUAGGGCGAAUCCAAUUCUAUCAGUACCUGGGGAAACACAAGAACCUGGUACAGCUGGAAGGAUGCUGCACAGAAAAGCUGCCACUUUACAUGGUGCUGGAGGAUGUGGUCCCAGGAGACCUGCUCAGCUUUCUCUGGACCUGCCGCAGGGAUGUGAUGACCAUGGAUGGCCUGCUCUAUGAUCUCACAGAAAAACAAAUAUAUCACAUCGGAAAGCAGGUCCUUUUGGCCCUGGAAUUCCUCCAGGAUAAGCAUCUAUUUCAUGGGGAUGUGGCUGCCAGGAACAUCCUGAUCCAAAGUGACCUGACAGUCAAACUCUGCCGACUGGGCCUGGCUUAUGAAGUCCACACCCAAGGAUCCCUCUCCUCUGCUCGAACCAGCACCAUCCCUCUCAAGUGGCUUGCUCCAGAAAGGCUUCUCCUGAGACCUGCCAGCAUCAGAGGAGACGUCUGGUCCUUUGGGAUCCUGCUUUAUGAGAUGGUGACUCUAGGGGCACCACCAUACCCUGAAGUGCCUCCCACCAGCAUUCUACAGUAUCUUCAGAGAAGGAAGAUCAUGAAGAGACCCAGCAGCUGCACACAUGCUAUGUACAACAUCAUGAAAUGCUGUUGGCAAUGGAGUGAGAACAGCCGUCCCUUACCUGGAGAGCUGCGCUUGCGUCUAGAAGCUGCCUCUAGAUCUGCGAAUGACAAGGCUGUGUUGCAAGUGCCAGAGUUAGUGGUGCCUGAACUGUAUGCAGAUGUGGCUGGCAUCAGUGCAGAGAGCCUUUCCUACAGCUACAGUGUCCUUUGAAGAUGCCCCAGACAAGUGCUUGGAUUAAGUUCCUUCAAGAACAGAGGGAAGGAACCUUCUAUGGGCCACAAAGGGAAAAAAAGGACAUGGGUCCCACAUCUUCCCCUAUAUAUUUUUCUGGAAAUAUGAAAUGCUGCUGGAUGAGGCUCUACCUCUGCACACCACGUACUUAAGACUCACCAUCAGUUUGUCUGCUUCCCAGUCCCGAGGGCCUGAGUACAAGUGGUGGACAGUGUCAUUCCAAAGGAGGUUUUUUAAAUCUUCAAUGAUUGUUGGGGGAUAGGGUAAAAGGGCUGGUCCCACCCACCCCAGGCUGGUUUUCAACUAAAAAGUUUUUUUUUAAUCUAAACUAUUAUAGAGUAUAAAUAAAUCUGAAUGGUAUGAAUGAAUAGGAACACAACAUAGGAAUUCAUGAGAAAGAUAUUCAAGGUUCUUUUUUUCUGAGAAGUGUAAGGGGAAUCAAGAUUUUCUUUAAGAAGAGAUCUUGUCUCUUCUACAUUGAGGGGACAUAAAAGUUGUUCAUUCCUGGUCCCUUCAUGAAGAGUUGGAGAAGAACUAUGAAAAAUAAUACUGAAUUUUUCCUUGACUAUAGAUUGAACUUUUAUUGAACUCUUUUAUUGAAAUCCGAGACAGGUAGACCCUGUUUGAUACUACAUUCAAUUAGAUACAGGAGUCAUUUCAUGAUUAAGAACAUUGUCCAUUACAUUUGCUUGCUAGUGCUGUUAAACUAAGGAAAAUAAGUCUAAAGAACCAAAGUUAGAUCUAGUGAUGAAGUGUGUGUGUGUGUGUGUGUGUGUGUGUGUGUGUGUGUGUGUGUGUGUGUAUGUGUGUGUGCCCAAUGAGUAGGAAGCAUGGAGACCAAGCAAGAAGAUUUACUAACCCAGGUGGUCAUUAAGAGGUGCCAAAGAAGUAAUCUGAUAGGGAUGGGUGUAGCCUCUAAUUUUCAACCAUCCACUGAAACACUGUGAAAUAACCCAUUAAAUUAGUAUUUAUUGUCUAGAAGUAGACUUUUCUGGUGUAUAGGUGUCACAAUAUCUACAAUAUGGAGUAGAAAAGAAAAUAAGUGGAAAUUAAUUUUAAUAGAAAAAUUAAAGAACAUACAUUGUCCCAAAAGAUUCUUUAUGUGUAAAAUGAGAAGACUAUCUACCUCACAGAAUGGUGUGAGGGUUAAUGAGAAUAUGUGUUUGUAUAAUAUGUGGCAUAUGAUAUGUGCUCAAUAAAUGUUAGUUUCUUCUUUUCCCCCUAACUCACGACAUUUCUUUUCAUUCUUUUUUAAGACAUAACAUCUACUGUGGCCAAGAAGAGAGCACUGGCUUGUGAUAGUACAGGGCAGAACAUGUCUAGAAGAUGGCAGUAUAUUACGAGCACCACAUCAUUAAACUAUGAUCACAUUUUGUUUAUUUUCCAACAAUGAGAACUGAAGCCAGAGCUUUACACACACAAGGAAGUGAUCUACACUGGUCUUGAGCCAUCGUUGUUUGUGUGAGGUUUUGGCUGAUGACAGU